AUUUAGUCCAAGCUACGGUAAUACAUAAUUCUGUCGGCAUUUUACGCAACUAUUUGAAUUUCGUGAUUUACAGCGUACUGUAAAUGAUUUAUUAUUUUCGGUGAAGUGCUUUUCCGAAAAUCAUAAAUUUUAAAGCUCUUGAAAAUUUCAUAAUUGUGUUUUGUUAUAAAAAUCACUGUUGCGACUAGAAAAUUGUCAGUGUGGAAACGUAUCAAAGACAUAAUGUACGGUCUGAAGCGUUUAGUGUCGACAAUUUUGCUCUUGAUUCACACCGAGUCGCUCUCGGCAGUAUUGGACCCGGAGUGCGACUUUGCACAAGAGGUAGUGUUGGGUCAGGAAUACUAUAUUUACAAUCCAGAAUAUCCCAACAAUCGCACGUCUCAGAAAUCUUGUCGAUGGGUGGGCCAAAGCCCUCCGGGAACCGUUAUAGUGAUAAGUUGCAAUGAUGUGUCCAUACCAGACUCAAGAGAUUGCCAAAACUACAAACUGUCUUUUGCUCCCAACGGGGACCCAAAUUUCUUAGACAGUGCAGACUAUUGUGGCAGUACGACUUUCACAUCAUACACGGAAGAAAACUCCGUAGCUAUUGGACUGUUUCCUUCUUCUGGAAGUCAGGGCAGAUUUCUUUGCACCUUGGCCGCAAUGCAGGUGUCUUCUUCUUGUAACUGUGGUCUAAAGCGCCAGAUGAGAAUUGUAGGAGGUCACGAAACUGGGGUUAACGAGUUUCCUCCAAUGGCAGCAUUGAUGGAUGUUGCAAAGAACGACUCUUUCUGUGGGGCUACUAUAAUUUCGGAACGAUACGCCCUAACGGCUUCCCACUGCCUCCUCCGCCAAACUGCUGAUAAUCUGGAACUGGUAGUAGGAGACCACGACUUGUCUACCGACCAAGAGACAAAUUUUUCUGACCGUAUACCCAUCAUCGACUUCGUCCAGCAUCCAUUGUACAAUAUCAACACCCAAGAAAACGAUAUCGCUGUGGUCGCAACCUCCAGAAGAAUUUUGUUUAAUUCAGCCGUAGGUCCAGUGUGUUUGCCCUUCAAGUAUAAUUCCUACAACUUUCUAUGGGAGAUGGUUGCAGCUCUAGGUUGGGGCUUCACGGACUUUUCGGGUAACAAGGCAAACACCCUUCAAGAAGCCGAUCUCUAUAUUGUUUCUAACCAAGACUGCGAUAACGCUCUUCCAGAGAAUAUUCAAACCACCCAGAUUUGUACCUAUGCAGACGGUAGAGAUGCGUGCAUUAGUGACUCUGGUGGUCCUCUUCUGUGGCAUGAUGAUUACAGUGGAAAAUUAGAGUUGGUUGGAAUUAUUUCGUUUGGUUUAGCUUGUGCUACUGACAAACCUGGAGUCAACACGAGGGUCACGGCAUUUUUACCCUGGAUCGUUUCAGUUACAUCCGAUAAUCUGUACUGUAUCCAGUAGCGAACCAUUGAUAUAAGAUGCCCUUUAAAGUGUGUCCUGUAUACUGUUGAAUUGGAAUAAAAAUAAAUCUCUA